ACGCCCCAACAGAUGCUACUGCCAUUUUUCGGAUUUUCUCUUUUUAUUUACCCCUCCCAUGACAAGUAUAAUGGAGCUUGAAAUUCAUUGUCCAAGGGCAUUUUGGUCAUUCCUCCUCCUUCCCUUCCUUCUCCCAUGCAUGGAGUGCAUAGGAAUCGGUUUCCCCACCUUAGGAAACGAGACGGAUCGGCUUGCCUUGAUCGCAUUCAAGGAUCCGAUAUCCAACGAUCCUUCCCGCUUCUUCAGCUCAUGGAACGAUUCUGUCCAUUUCUGCAACUGGGAAGGAAUCACAUGCGGUCGCCGGCAUCCUCAAAGAGUCAUUGCCUUGAAUCUUGUAUACCACGGAUUGGUGGGACCCAUCUCACCUCAGAUAGCAAACCUAACCUUCCUCAGGAGUAUCAAUCUCUCAGGCAAUAGCUUCCAUGGCAAAAUCCCACGUGAAAUCGGCCAGCUCUUCCGGCUUCGGGAUCUUGAUCUUAGUUAUAAUGGGCUGCAAGGAGGAAUUCCUGAUGAACUGUUUCACCUCUCGAAAAUCACAUCCAUCCAUUUAUAUGAAAACAACCUCAUAGGGAGAAUUCCAGUCUUUCUUAGCUCUUUGUCAAAGCUUGCAUCAUUAGAUCUUGGUAGUAACAAUCUCAUCGGCAACAUCCCACCAUCACUUGGUAAUCUCUCGUCUCUUGUUUUUCUCUAUCUAGAUCAUAACAGUUUCGAAGGAAGCAUUCCAGAUGAGCUUGGACGGCUUGUGAAGUUAGAAUUUCUUCUCAUCUCUGUAAAUAAACUGUCUGGUCUGAUUCCACCAUCACUUUACAACCUCUCAUCCAUCGUUAAUCUUGCUGUGGGAGGUAACCAACUUCACGGAAACCUUCCAUCCAAUCUAGGUCUCACACUUCCUAGUCUCAAAGGUCUUUUACUUGCAAAAAAUGAAUUUAGUGGACCUAUACCAGCUUCAUUAUCAAAUGCUUCAGGACUUGUUCUGGUUGAUAUUCCUUAUAAUAGUUUCAGUGGACCUGUGCCUGAGAAUUUGGGGAGACUAAAGGAUCUUAGUAUCCUAAAUUUACCGGGCAAUAACGUUGGAGGUGGAGAAGGAGACAAUGACUUGAGUUUUCUCACUUCUUUAACGAAUUGUACCCAUUUGAAAAUUUUAAAUAUAUUUUCCAAUCAACUAAGAGGAACAUUGCCUGACGCUAUCGUCAAUCUCUCUACCCACCUAACAGAACUAAUGUUGGGAGGAAACCCAAUAUCUGGAAGAAUCCCCACAGAUAUUAGCAAUCUUGUUGAAAUGAAUAUGCUAGAUAUAUCUGAGACUUCUCUCAUGGGUACCAUUCCUAUUGGUGUUGGAAAGCUUCAAAAUUUGGAGGGAUUGUAUUUGUCCAGAAACAAACUCUCAGGACAAAUCCCAUCCUCCAUUGGCAACAUCACUGGAUUGGCUAUGCUCGCUUUAAAUGAAAAUCGUUUGCAGGGACGUAUCCCUUCGAGUCUUGGAAACUGUCGUCUUGAAGUACUAGAUCUCAGUGUAAACAAGCUGAAUGGUAGCAUACCCAAAGAUGUUUUAAGUAUUACUUCUCUGGUUAAACUUUAUGUAGGUGAGAAUUCUUUGAUUGGAUCUCUGCCGACAGAAGUUGGUCAGUUAAAACAAUUUCAAGUUUUUGAUGUUGCUCACAAUAAAUUGACUGGGGAAAUUCCAAGCACGCUAGGCGACUGUCGGAGCAUUGAAGUCCUUAAUUUAAGCUAUAACUUAUUUCAAGGAGCCAUUCCUCCAUCUCUGAGCAACUUGAAAAGUAUUCUACUGCUAAAUCUUUCUCACAAUAACUUGUCUGGGCAUAUUCCACAAGUUCUGGAGAAAUUCUCAUUUUUGCAGUAUUUGGAUUUGUCUUCCAAUGAUCUUGAGGGUGAAGUCCCAACUAAAGGGGUUUUCAAAAACUUGAGCGCAUUUUUGGUCCUCGGAAACAACAAGCUUUGUGGAGGUAUCCCACAAUUACGGCUACCAGUGUGCCCAAAGAAAGCUCCUAAGAGACAUGGAAGGUCGAUUUCACGAAGAGUGAUAUUCUCAGCGGUCGGUGCAGUUUUGGGAUUGAUUCUUUUAUCAUUUCUCUUUGCCACUCUUUAUCGGGCUAGAAGAAAGGCCAAGAAGAAUCCUUUGCCUGCGUCUCUCUUGGAGGGCCAGUUCUUAAAUAUUUCCUAUGCAGAUCUCUUUAAAGCGACUGGUGGGUUCUCUUCAGAUAGUUUGAUUGGUGCUGGAAGUUAUGGUUCUGUAUACAAAGGAAUUCUAGAGCGUCAUAAAACACUUGUUGCAGUGAAAGUUGUCAAUCUUCAACAACGAGGAGCUUCAAGGAGUUUCCUUGCCGAAUGUGAAGCCUUGAGAAAUAUCCGGCAUCGGAAUCUAGUUAAAAUCAUUACUGCUUGCUCAAGCAUUGAUUUUAAGGGCAAUGAUUUCAAAGCUCUAGUGUUUGAGUACAUGACUAAUGGGAGUCUAGAGAAGUGGUUGCAUCCAAAUGUAUACGAGCAGCACGAGUCAAGGAGCUUGAAUUUUAUUCAGAGGCUAGAUAUAGCCAUUGAUGUCGCCUCUGCAUUGGAGUAUCUUCAUCACCAUUGCGGCACACCAGUUGUUCAUCGUGAUCUAAAACCAAGCAAUGUUCUAUUGGACGAUGACAUGUGUGCCCACGUUGGUGAUUUUGGAUUAGCAAGGUUCCUUCCUAACGCUGCAAGUAAUACCUCUCAUGAUCAAACCAACUCGACCGGUAUCAAGGGAUCUGUAGGCUAUAUUCCUCCAGAGUAUGGAAUGGGUGAAAAGGCAUCUACACAUGGAGAUAUCUACAGUUAUGGUAUCCUUCUUUUAGAGAUGUUCACAGGAAAAAGACCAACUGAUGACAUGUUUAAAGAUGGUCUAAGCCUUGAUCGAUUUGUUAAGAUGGCUUUACCAGAUCGAGUGAUGGAGAUUGUAGACCCACGACUGCUCUUGGAAGAAGUUCAAGAUUUGAACAAUAGCAAACAACGUCGCAUUGCAAGAAUUAAAAUGCAAGAGUGCUUGGCUUCUGUGACCAAAAUUGGCAUUGCAUGUUCUGUAGAAUCUCCAAAUGAGCGGAUGCGAAUGAGAGAUAUUGCUGCAGAAAUGCGUGCAAUCAAGGACUUAUUUCUUGGGGUUGGGAUUCACUAAGAUCAGCAAAAUGGGGCAGAAUUGUUAAGCCAAGGUUCAUCUUAUCUUAGUUAUUAUUAACAAGUUGUGUUUAGACAUGGAAUAUUGAAAGAUACAUAGGUGUGGGUAAGAUGCUCAUCCCUGCGCUGAGGGUUUGUAUGCAUCCAGAUGUCCCGGCAGUUCCCCAUUGCCCUUUGGACAAGGUAACAUGUUGUUGGGUUGUGUUUAAUCAGUUCUUUUCUGUGUUUUGGUAUUCUUUUAGCUUUGGUUGUGUUUGCUUUGCUUAGUGGUUGUGUAGUGGAGGGAUUAGCCCGUCUGGCACUCCUUUGGAGAUGUAAAUGGUUUUUGUUUCCAGAUCAAUAAAAUUUCAGGUAGUGUGCUCCCAAAAAUAUAAAAUUACUUGGUGUGGAAAGUUGGAUAAUGAGUUUUAUUUAGUUCUUCAGCAUUGUAUUAUUUC